UCUAUGUCUAUUAUCUAUUCUAUGGACGACUGUCACAAAUUAUAGGUUUUAUUUGUGUCUAGAUGAAAAAAAACACGUAAUUUUCUAGUUUUAUUGAAAAUGGCUCAACGUUUUCCAGGAAACGUGCCAGCCCAAGGGCCCACGGGUCCUCCACCGCAAAGAUACGCUUCCCCUCAGCAACCAGGAAUGCGUCAAUAUCCCACACAGAAUUUCCCGGUUCAACAAAGGAGCGGUUACACGCCCCCUCCUAGUUUGAAUACAAGCGGUGGUACAAUGAUGCAACGUCCACCACAGCAACCAUACUCCCCCAUGAGAGGUGGACCAUUGCAGUCCCAACAAGGGACGAAAAGACCAGCUGAUGCUCGAAAUGUCAUGCAGCAACAGAAAAAUGAUUAUACUCAUAGUACAACCAAAAAGAAGAAAAAGCUUGCUGAUAAAAUACUUCCUCAAAAAGUACGCGACCUUGUUCCUGAAAGCCAGGCUUACAUGGAUCUCUUGGCUUUUGAGAGGAAAUUGGAUGCCACAAUAAUGAGAAAACGCCUUGAUAUUCAAGAAGCAUUGAAACGUCCCAUGAAACAAAAACGCAAAUUAAGAAUUUUCAUUUCAAAUACGUUUUAUCCAAGCAAAGAGCCCGUUGCUGAAGGACCAGAAGGGCCUGGACAAGAAGGGUCUGUUGCUUCAUGGGAGUUAAGAGUAGAAGGCAGAUUGCUACAUUUUAACGACUUUAACGACUAA